CAUCUUAAGAGCGUCCUGUUUGGUCAACCAAUAUUAUGUUAUCCCCACCCACCACAUAUAAUAAUGUUCUUCCCGGGAACAACUCGCACCGUUUUCCGUUUGGGGCAAAGAAUAGAAAGAAACAAACACGUUCAGAGGUACAAACAGUUGAAGCAGCAAAGCUGCGCGGUAUAUUAAAAGGGUAGAAGCAGGGUGCCACCGCAAUAAACUCAAUCAUCCAAACAGUCACCUUCAACAGGAAGCUUCCUCUUCCUUUUCCUUUCCAUUUAAAUCCCUCCCUCCAUGUCUCUCCACUGAUACUCUCCUCUCUCUCUCUCUCUCUCUCUGCAGUCUGUUCUGUUCCAUAUGGAGAAGGAUUCAGCGAGCAUCCCAAGCAACCCUGGGUCAGUAACGAACGGCUACUACGCAUUCAACGGCAAACUGAUGCUGAUUUCGCUGGUGAUUCUGGUGGCCGUCUGCCUCAUCAUCGCCUUCUUCCACUCCUACGCCCGCUGGGUGGACCAGCGCCGCCGCCACCGCUCCGACUACCUGGUCUUCAACUUCGGGUCUGGCCCCGACGGCGAAAGCGAAGGCCUCGAUCGUUCCGUCAUCAAGUCCCUCCGAACCGUGUUGUACUGGUCCACUGACCACGUCUCGCCUCUUGAAUGCGCCGUUUGCUUGUCGGAAUUGGAGGACGGGGAGCUGUUCCGGAUUCUUCCCAAGUGCGGUCACUCCUUUCACGUCGAUUGCAUUGACAUGUGGUUCGACUCUCACUCCAACUGCCCGUUAUGCAGAGCCCCGGUUCGGUUUGUCGACGGGAGACGGAUUGAACCGGCCAAGUCAGUGCCCGAGACGUCCUAUUCCUGGGCCGGGUCGAGUUCUGGAUCGUUAUCGACGUGUGAUGAGGUUGAAAGCCAAGUGGGAAGUUCGAGUUCGUCUUUUUCGCCGCCGCCUAGCGAUGAAUUGGGUGGCAUAACAGUUGAGCUCCGUCGGAUGAACCCGAAAGAGGUGGCUUCUGGGUCGGAUAAUAGUAAAGGGUUGGAAGAUCGAUAAUGGGAUGGGGACGAUGAUAACGACAAAAAGGAGUAGCUGAUAAUGUAAAGGCUGGUCUGCUGCUGCUGCAUGAAUUGGUGGUUCAUGGGGAAACUGAACCACACACCGAACCGAAGAUAAUUCGGUGAUACAGUCGGGUGGGGUCGGGGCAGACUGAUGUGGGGCGUUUGGGUUGUAGAAUGUGGACAGGUGGCGUUACUUUGCUUGACGUGGCAAAUGUAAAACUGUAAAAUGAAUCGGAAGGGUCUUCUCCACUCUUCGGAUACUUUCAAGAACCUUUGCCUUCUUUCUCAUUUUAUUUAUUUUUUAUUUUUCCUUUUCCCCCAUUUUGUUUAUUCUUUCCGGGUGUCCUUAAUCUCCUUGUU